AAAGUCGGGCUUAAACACGGGCAAUAAUAUUUCAGGGACUUCCGAAGUCGCAGCUGACCUUUUUCUGUCUCUUCAUAAAGUUUUGGCCAGCGGCGUGGAAAAUCCAGGGGAUCUGGAAAUAUUUUUCAGAGAAACUUGUAGAUUUCUUCCAGUUAUAAAAAAAUUAUAGCGCUGGAAAUAUUAUGAAACUUGACAUUUAUGUGUGGAACAGUAGGUGUCUUCAAUCAACUAGAUCUAUGGCAACCCAGACUGCAAAUGACAGACAAUUCUGAUGAUCUUAUUGGACUUGAACUGUAGUUUGGUUAGGGUCGUUUGGUAACUUAAAAGGAUAGCCUGCUUCCUCGCAGCUGGACACAGCCUGUGGUAAACAAGUUUUGACACAUUUGUGCUAAAAACUACGCAUGCGGUUGCACGUUAAGUCAAUGCUCGUGCAGGACCAGUUUUGGGUAUCAAUCUAUUCAUCUAUCCAUCCGAACUAGACCAUGUGCUGUAAACAAACAACAGUCACACAUUCUCAUGUACUCAGGGUUGCUCGGGGUUGUAGCUUUGAAACUCUAUCCUCGGUACGAGUAUCCUAACUCCAGGUUACGUUUCUCGCCCAUAAAAGUUUCACAUGUUUUUGUUAUGUCUCCAUUUGAGAAGGGGGGAGGAGGAAAGGUGGUAUUGUAUGGAGAUACUGGUUUGGCUACAUAUUUUAAUCCGCUUGUUUCCUAUGAGAGGGUAUGCCGUAUUUAAUUAUCUGAGAGGAAAAAAAAUCAUUUUGUCCUUGAUCUCCAAGGAGUCUUCGUAUGUAAACUAAUGCAACUCGCCUGCAGUAUUCUGAGACCCCUUUAAAAUUGUGCUCCUGGGGAACUGUUGCAAGCGUAGUUAAAAGCACAUGUUCAGUCGGCAGAGAGCAUUUUUCAGAUGAUUAUCGGAACCUAUCGAUUUCAUCAAAGAUGCUCCAUUAAAAGCUCGGGGACGCUGAUCUCUUUUGACCUCCCCUCGGAAACGCCAGGACGAAAGAAGUCACGUCUCGAGAAGGAGCAGGGCAAUUGCCGAGGGUCCCUGUGCAACAUUCAUUUUACGCCAGUCGAGUUAAACUCAGCAUAUUUGAUCAAAUAUUUAUUUUUCCCCUUGUUGUUUCCCUGCCCCAUUCAAUACUCCACUGAAUAAAUCAAAGGGACCCCAGCAGCAGUUAAAGCGCCCUCUGGUUACGAAUUGUUUACUGACGGCCGCGGUCAUAGGAUAAUAUUUUAAAAAAACAAGCUUGUUUCUUACAAUAACUGUUUAUUAUUUCACAUGAUUUGGGUUUGCAUGUUUUGGAGGGAAGAGGCGAGGCCAACUCAGUGUCUACACUGUGUUUAAUUAAUCGUGUACUCAACGUCAGUUCACAUACCACAUCCAAACCCCUGGGAGGCUUUUUCAUAAGCUCUUUGGGUUUGUGUUUUGUUGUCUUUUUUUUUUUUUUUUUUUGGUCACAAUCUUUUCAUUAAAUGCUCUGAAAUCGAAACUUCAGCCAACGUAUGUGUCUGAGAGCCAAGCUAUACCGCAACCAAAAAAUAAAUUUGUACAUGCAUCCAGAUCUUAAAGAAAAGAGUGCUACAAAAAGGGGAGAGGGGAUACAGUUUCAAACGCUUAAUACAGCUGCGCGGCCCAUCUCUCUCGACAAAAAGGGUACACUUAAAAGACAGAUUUGUGUAUUUAAGAUUUUACCGAUAGAGAUAUAACCCGAUACCGCUGUUGCUUCUGCUCGGGUGUUUGGGGCUCUCCAGACAAUAGAAAGCACCGUUCUCCUUACCAGUGCUGAAGGAAUGGCGAGGAGAUAAAGACUUCAUGAACUGGUCGGGGUGUAUUUUGUUCUGCCUCAUACUAGAAUUCGGAGCUCGUCAAAAUUACUUGCAAAAUAUGUUCCUAAUCCAAAUGAGUAAACUGAUACACAUACACUCUGAAAUAUAGUUAGGAGAACAAGCCUCCGGAUGGCUGGAAUAAAAUUAAAUCUCAGACUAAUUUUUAACAGUAUAAUCCGCCGCAACAAGCCAGUUCGCCCCCACCCCCCCCCAGCGUGAAAAAAAUUCUAGUAAAGAUAAAAUUAGUGAGGCCGUCAUUUGUCACCUAACUUGGCACGGACGCAGUUCCUAAACCUCCUGUUUGAAAUCCGCCUUCUUUGGAGCAAAUCCAGAAAAGAAAAAAAAAAAAAAGGAAAAAAAAAAAAAAAGAAAGAAAGAAAAGAAGGAAUCUGGCACACAUGCACGUUCCUGACAACUGACAGUUCCAAUAUUAAAUAACUAUACCCUGAUUGCAUUAAUUUUUCGAGAUGUAUAAAAUGUAAUCUACAGCUAUAUUCUCAGAUAGGCGGCGCAUGCACUCCUGCAACAAACUGCAAGGCCAUUUACAUUUUCGCAAAUUGCAGUUUGCCCCUGUCUACAAAUAAAAGCAUAUUUUAAUUAGCUUACAAAAUGGGUCUCUGGAUUAACAGUGCUGAUCUUUUGGUUUAUAUGGGCUAAUAAUAAAAAGAUAAAUCACGGUUUAACAUGAUACGUUUUGAAAUUUCCAGUCAGAGUUUGCUUAGGCGGAGCUGUCGACUUUUAUUUAUUCCCUUUUUGUUUUUAAUUUUAGUCCAACCAAUAAAACGGCUUAACGACGCUAUUAAUGUAUCUAUUAUAUUUUUCUUAGAUCAAUAAAGUUUUAUUUUGAUAGUGUUGUCUAUGUACGCCGCGAAUUUAGAUUCUGCGCGAAAUCACCUACUCGCUGCUUUUGAUAUUUAUCAGAAUUUUAUUUGCUCGGUUUUAUAGACCCUGGGAUAUCUUUCCUUACUGGAGCAGAAUUAAAAAGAAAGCAUUUCUCGUCCCCUGGCGUCCACAAUAUUCUUUAAAAUUUCUUUUAAAUGGGGGUUAAGAUCCAAGGGACGCAUUGUUAAGUGUUGGAAAUGCGGUAGCAACACCCAAAGCAUGCCAAAUUAGUUCAGUUUAGGCAGAAUUGACCAUUAUCUUUUAUAGUUAAGAACCAAGUGAACGUUAUUAGUUUUACUCCACUGGCUUUGAUGAUGCUGGUUACUAUUUGCCUUGGCCUUGUUAGCGAUUAAAGAAAGCGGGGAGAAUGCAACGGGGAGCGGAGUUCAUGAUCCAGGCGAAGUGCCUUGACCAUCAAGCCAGUACCGGGCGUUAUUCUAAGCACAACGACCGGAGGCACCGACCGCCGGCUCCCGCAGGACCUGUGCAUUCCUCUCGGUCAAAGCGACCUAGGGCUGUACCCCAGCCCCUGCAUCGCCAAACCUUUGGCUAUGAAACCUGCGGGUGCCUGGCCGGGGGGCGAAGGGAAAGUUACUCUAAAACCUGGUUCUCUUCGUCUGAGCUGUCCCCGGCCUCUGCACCUUUUGUAUGAUUUUGCCUGCAUUCGCCUUUCGAGGGGGAGAAGCAACCAGCUCGUGUUUGUUGCGAUGCAUUUUGAGUCCUUUUUAUUCAGGCUGACGAGGAUCGUAACGUGCUUUUAUAGGCCUUUCCCCGCUUUAAUCCAAUUUUUAAAAGGGAACUGCUUAUUUUAAAAACAGCUUUGGAAGGAUUUCAAGUGUUACUCCUCGAUUCCGUAUGGCUUUUGGGUUUGCAAUCCAUUUCUAUUUAAUUUGGCAAAUGCAAAAUAAACAUACCGCAAGAGCGGACUUCCCCGGAGUAAUUUUUAUACCUGCCUCGUGUAGAGAAAUGUAUUGGGAACGAGGAGUCGGGGCUCACAUUUCAUUUUAUUUAGAUCUGCAUUUAUAACGCUAAGCCUAUUGAUAAUGGCCUUCCUGUAUACUGGCCAAUAAAACGGUCCCUUAUAUGGUAUUAAUUUUGUUAGCAGCGAUACGGCCCUCAUAGGAAUCUGAUAAGGGUUUGUCCAUCACACAUUAACACAUCGUGGGCUUAGCCGGCUUUGGGAAACACAAACAGUAUUCCGGGAGGAAAUGCGGGACAAAACUCGGAGGGUUUCUAUACGCUGUCGAGCCGGCUCCUAUCACCCCAUCCGACAGUGCUCAGAAAGCAGCGGUGCCUUGGUGCUCACUCGAGAAGGCUGGAAAAAUAAGACGCCUUUCCAUCAAGGUUUUAUGGGUACUGCAAAGUUGUAACAACCUCUCCCUGCCCCAGCUGACGAAGGACGGAGCCCCGGGAGGGCCCCAGCAGAUUAACUCGCCUGCGGAAACCACGAGGCACGUCCCGCUGCCUCCUGCACGGAGCGACUCGUCCGGGCCAAAGUCAAAAUGUGGCAAACAAGAAUUUCCCCCUGGCAAGGCAACAGCUCGCGGGGGCGACCACGUGAGGCGUAACAGAGCCGCGGGGCGGAGGGCAGAGCCUGCCCCGGGCCGCCUGCGGGGCGCUGCGAAAGCCAAGGUACGGUGCUUGUGACAGAGACGGUGCUUUUGAAGAGGAGAAAAGUGAAUGACCCAAAUGGAGGGAGGGAGGGAGGAAUCAAAACGACGGCCCAAAUAUAAACACGUCAAUAAACAGGGUGCGCAGCAUCAUGAGAGGAUCCAUUUGAACUGCUCGCGUCUGGAUUCUUUCUGCGGCAUAUGUCUGGCUUUAGAUUUUAAAUGGCAAUCAGACCUCGGGAAGAAUCCAGCGUUAACUACAGCAUUAGAAGCUGCAACCGCACAAUUAAUCCUCCCAGAGUGGCAUUGCUCCCUCUGAGAUCCCCGAGCGCAGCAGCGAGCGUUUUAUCUCUAGGAAAUUUAAGCCCAGCCUGGCGUCGUGGUGGUGAUGCUGGGCUGGAAGCAGCCCCUUCCCCAGCACUUUAACGCAAGAGACACCAGGCCCCUUUACAGUUCCCAAUGAUCCGUGAUAAACAAUAACACGUCUUUUAUUCCUUAAAAAACGAGACAAUCAAAUAAAACGAGCAGAGCCCGGUCAUAAAACCCGCGGCUUUAUUAAUUUCGAGACACACGCGGGCUGCGCGGGGAGGUGAGCGCGCAUCGCUUCCGGCAAGCCCAACCGCGGGGAGAGGAGCGCUAAUAAAAACUUCAUCUGGAUGCAGCCUCAGCCUAGGUACAAUAAACAUCGGGGCGGCCGGGGCUGUUUUAUCGCUGUGCGGGCCAUAGCAGAGGAGCACGGCUCGGGGUGGGUGCCCCCCAGCCCCGCUCUGCCCCUUCCCUGGCGCACAGCUCCCACACGGGCGCAGGCGCUGGCCCAUGUGCGCCGCGCGUGCGGGUGGAAAUCCAUCUCCCGCAUUAAUAUACAUCCAUAUCCCAAAUUCAGAGGUCGACCUGAGAGCAGCUCGGUGCAUACGAAACCAGACGGGGAGGGGUUGCUGGGGAGGCCCGGGCUUCCAUUGGCUGCAAGCGUCCGCCGUGGUGCGGGGGUAUCUCUAAUCAUAUUCAGCAUGUUUUGCACAAGAAAUGUCAGCCAGAAAGGGCUAUCUGCUCCCUUCGCCAAAUUAUUCCACAACAAUGUCAUGCUCAGAGAGCCCGGCUGCAAACUCUUUUUUGGUAGACUCCUUGAUCAGCUCGGGCAGAGGGGAAGCGGCGGGAGCAGGAGGCGGAGGCGGAGGCGGAGGCGGCUACUAUCCCAAUAGUGGGAUCUACCUGCCACAAGCGUCCGAUCUGUCCUACGGGCUGCAAAGCUGCGGACUUUUCCCCGUUUUGAGCAAACGCAAUGAAGGUACUUCUCAAAGCAUGGUCCCAACCUCGCACCCCUACGUGUCAGGGAUGGAAGUGUGGCUAGACCCCCCCCGGUCCUGUCGCAUGGAAGAGCCGGAGAGCCAGCAGGCCACCUCGUGCUCCUUCGCUCAAAACAUUAAGGAGGAGAGCUCCUACUGCCUCUAUGACUCAGAGAAAUGCCCCAAAGGCUCGGCCGCCACCGACCUCGCUCCCUUCCCGAGGCUGAGCGCCGAGGUCAGCCCCGCCAGCAACGGCACCGGGGUUCCCGUCCCGGGUUAUUUCCGCCUCUCCCAGGCUUAUGGCACCUCCAAGAGCUACGGCGCGGGGCCGCCCGGGGCUGCCCCCUUCCCUCCGCAGACUCCCGGCCGCUUCCAGACGCCUCCAUCUCUGCCUCCCGUCCCGGACGCGGGGAGGAAGGAGGACGAGGAGCGCUCCCCCAGCCCCUUGGCAUGCGGCUCCCAGCGGGAGGACGAGACCCAGGCUUCGUCUUCCACCGCCGAGGAGCUCUCCCCAGCCCCGUCGGAGAGCAGCAAAGCCUCUCCCGAGAAAGAGCCCGUAGGCAACUCAAAAGGAGAAAAUGCAGCAAACUGGCUAACCGCAAAAAGUGGCCGAAAGAAACGGUGCCCCUAUACCAAGCAUCAAACUCUCGAGCUGGAAAAGGAGUUUCUGUUCAAUAUGUACCUGACUCGUGAGCGUCGCCUAGAGAUCAGCCGCACAGUCCACCUCACAGACAGACAAGUUAAAAUCUGGUUUCAGAACCGCAGAAUGAAACUGAAGAAAAUGAACAGAGAGAAUAGGAUUCGGGAGCUCACAGCCAACUUUAAUUUCUCUUGAUGAACCUAUAAACACAUCUUUAUGGUUUAAAGAGCCAGUAUCAUUUUCCUAGGCUGUAGUCAUCUGCACCUGUAUGGAUUAACGAUUUUAGACGUUCUCAAUAUGUCCUUAACCUCUUAAUAGCUACUUUGGGGUGGCGGGGGUGGGGGGGGGGGUGGGGGGGGAGAAGAAAGCCAUGCUAAUGCACAAAAUGCCAUGUGUGAACCUCCCUGGUUCCUGCAGGCUUCCCCGGGCCCGAUUUCUUCUUUCAAGCUUUCUUCUUUCAAACCCAGAAAUACCAUUUCAGGAGCUGCAAAUAUCUUUCCCCUCAUAUCUCUCCGAAAAGUAAACGAGCUCGGUUAAAGGCACGUUCUUUUAAAUUAUAGGCGGUGUAACUUGGACUGUACGUAGCUUCAGAAUGAAUAAUUUAAGCCUUGCCAUAUUUCUAUAUAUUGGGAGCUCAGCUUUUUCCCCCUCUGUUUUCCUUUCCUCUUCUCCCCCCUCCCCCCUUUUUCCUUCGAAAAGCAGGAGUUACAAUAAUGAAAUGCAGGCAUCCUUUAAAAGGGCUUCAUGGGAACUGGCGUUAAGAGCGAUUUUUUUUCCCCUUUACCUUGAAAGUCAACAUUACAGCUUUAAAAUUGGCCAGGAAAAUGAAAUCUCUUCUCUUUAAAGGUAUAAAAGAGUUUGUGUUGCUCAUGGACUAAAUUAUGACACUUACCUCUGAAUUUCUCUCUCUCUUUCUGGUUGUAGAUAUUUACUUAAUGUAGUUUUGCUUAAAUAUGUGGAAUUAGUGAUUUUUUUUGUCUAUAAAUAACGUUACCUUUGGUAACACAGGACAAGCACACAACAAUUGCCCCUUGAGAAAAAAAAAAUAGUCACUUUUUCCUCACUAAUUUCACUGCAAAGUGUAUAUCCUGAACAUCAGAAGGACUUUCUGAGCCAGAGUCUAAGAUAGCGAGGGAGAAUAUAUUCGUCUUCCUUUAUACUGUGAAGUUACAUGCAUCAAAGGGUCAAGCAUAUAGGUGAAAAAAAAAAAAAAAAAGGAAGGGAAAAACUAUAAAUACAGAUAUGUAUAAAUGUCUAUUAUUAUUAAAAUGCCGAUACUGUUUUAAGCAAAUGCAUUCUAUCGUUAUUAUAAAUGUUAGUUCUAGCUAUAUCUAGUACUUACCUUAAAUCAGAAUAAAUUAAUAUUGUAAUGCUGCUGUGCGUGAAAAAUACGAUGUUUAUGUUCUCAUAGAAGAAUAAAAAAAGUGGAAUGAAUCCUUUUAAUUUUA